CAGUCACAAUCACACUGACGGGGUUCCUACCUGGACCGGGAGGCCAUGACCUGCUGCGAGGGAUGGACAUCUUGCAACGGGGUCUCCCUGCUGAUCCUCCUGAUCUUGGGAGUAGCUCUCAAUGCGGCGCCUCUGAUUUUCAGCUUAGUUGAGGAAGACCAGUUUCCCCAAAAUCCCAUCUCUUGCUUUGAGUGGUGGUUCCCAGGAAUUAUAGGAGCAGGUUUGAUGGUCAUUCCAGCAACGAUAAUGUCCUUGGCAGCGACAAAAAGAGCAUGCUGCAACAACAGAGUCGGGAUGUUUCUUUCAUCGUUCUUCAAUGUAAUCACAGUCCUUGGUGCUGUGUAUUGCAUUUGGGUGUCUUUCCAGGCUCUCUUAGAAGGUCCUCUUGUGUGUAACUCUAAACGCAACAGUACUGUCAACUGUGAAUUUUCAUUCAAAAACUUAAGUGCCAUUCAUCAAGAAUCCUUCGAUCUGGAGUGGUAUCUCAAUAACUCCUGUGUUACUCAAGUUCUUAGCAGUCUCAAUAACCCCACCAGCAGCGACACCGUGACCCAACAUAUAAUUAUUCACUUCUCAGUAUUUUUAGGUCUAUUGCUUGUUGGAAUCCUUGAGGUCCUGUUUGGGCUCAGUCAGAUCAUCAUUGGUUUCCUUGGCUGUCUGUGUGGAGUCUCUAAGCAAAGUCGAAUUGUGUAGUUUAAUGGGAAUAAAAUGGAAGUACCAGUAGUUUGAAUAAUUUAAGAAUUAAAUUUCAAAUACACUCUUCCAGAAGUUCAAUAAUGGAACAUAUCUAGAAAGCUGUAUGAGUUCUUUUAGUCCAAAAAGUUGUUUUCAAAGUCAACAAAGUUGAGGUGAUUAAAAAAAAAAAAAGACCACCACCAACCUUUCACAGGGAAAGCAUGUUGUAAAUGCAUAACACUUUCAUUCAGAAAGGAAAUUGACUUUGGGCACAGGCGGAGAGAAGUUUUCAAUUAGUUUUGUAUCUUUCCAUUCUGUGCUAUUUGAAUUUUCUACCUCUAUAUUCUUGUGUGUGUGGAGAGAGGGAAAAAGGAGAUGGGGAGGAUGAAGGAAGGAGGAUGAGGAACAGAAGUCAUCCUGGAAAUCCAAGUAUGGAGCUUCGUUUUGUAUUUCUUUAUACUUAAAAAGAAGAAAAAAGAAGAAAUAUAUAACUUGAAUGUAAUUAAGUCUUUAGACCUAUUUCCCAGCUGGAAACAGACAAAUCCCAAAGGUGGUACAGCAAACAAAGAAUGGCCCUGUUUUCAAUCAAAAAAAAAAAAAAGAAAAAAGAAAGAAAAAAGAAAAAAAAA